AGGGUAGGAGCCCAGAUCCUCUCCACCUCUGGCCGAGCGCCGGGCCGGAGGACUCUAGACGAGGUGCGGGUGGAGUGGGGGAGGUUACAAGGUGGGCUGGUCAGCGCUUCUCUCCGCCUCCUUUCCUUCAAUCCUCCCUCUCUCCUCCCUCCACCCCCCCCCAGUUCUCCCGCAGGCAGGCGGGCUAAGCCUGAGCUGUUUGGUUUGCUCCUCCCUUCUAGGGUAGGUGGGGCCGCCUCGGGCUCCCAGAGCUAGGAGGAGGGGGGAGGGGUCUCUCUGUCGGCGUCUCCUCCUCCUCGCGACCAUAGAGCCCAACGCUUCGCCACCGGGAGCGGGCUCCUAGUGCAUUGAGUCUAGCUAACCCGAUUGAAGACAAGCGGGUGCAGGGGCGAAGCCGAAGCUGGAGGCAGGACGCAGCGGAGACGGGACCUGCGUGCAGCUGGGUGGUGUUUGGGGGGGCUAGGUUAAGGCUGCCACAUCGAAGCAGAUGGCGAGUAGUAACUGGUCCGGUGAGGGUCUUCCUCGGCCGCGGGGCCAUUGAGACCUGCAGAUGCCGGAGCCUUUCUCCUAGACCGAAGAGCCCGCCCUUUGCUCGGAGCAGUGAAAUUUCUCCGCCUCUUGCCCGAAGCGAGACGGGCGCUCGGAGCCCCAGGUGCGUUUUGGAGAGAAGCCGAGAGCCGUGCACCCCAAGCCCGAUUGUCUACGGAGAACAGGCUGCUGUGUAGCCCGGAGUCCAGCAGGUGCCGGCUCUAGCUCUCUCACCCCACCUCCGGGCCAGGGGAAGAGACGCCAGGGGCGUCCAGCUGCUCCUCCCAGCCAAGGCAGAGGUGUUCUUUGGAGUGUGUUGGAAGGGGAAAAAAACACAACUUACCAGAGAUGCAGCGGUGACCCAGGAGCUAGUGCGAGGAAGCGAGAGAGAGGGGAGGGGGAGGAAAAAAGUCGCUUCUCCGCCUCCUCCCCACCCUAAGGUGUCCAGCGUCUCCGACUCGGAUCCGCGAUGGCCAAGAACACGUCGGAAGGGCCGGCCAAGGAGGAUCUGAGCAAGGUUCCGGACGAGGAACUGCUACGUUGGAGCAAAGAAGAGCUGGCGCGGCGGUUGCGGCGGGCAGAGGGCGAGAAGAUGGGCCUCAUGGUGGAACAUGGGAACCUGAUGAAGGACGUAAACCGGCGGCUGCAGUUGCACCUCCAUGAGAUCCGCGGCCUCAAGGAGGUCAACCAGAAACUGCAGGACGACAACCAUGAGCUGCGGGAGCUCUGCUGCUUCCUGGACGACGACCGGCAAAAAGGCAAGAAGCUGUCGCGCGAAUGGCAGCGCUUCGGACGCCACACGGCCGGCGUGCUGUGGAAGGAGGUGGCCCUGUCCCAGCAAAAGCUGCGGGAGUUGGAGGCCCGCCAGGAGGCCCUGCUGCGGGAGAACCUGGAGCUCAAGGAGAUCGUGCUCAUGCUAGACGAGGAGCGCAGUGGCGCCGGCUCCCGUAGCUCCAUCGACAGCCAGGCCAGCCUCACCAACCUGGCUGGGGGCUCCGGCGGUGCGGGGCCCCGCGACGUGGGCGACGGCAGCAGCACAUCCAGCACUGGCAGCGGCGGCAGCCCAGACCAUCACCAUCACCCGCUGCACCCUCACGGGCACCUGCCGCCGCCAGGCCCCCAGCAGCCUCAGCAGCCUGCCGCCCCCGCACCCCCCCUUCACAAAGCAGCGGACGCCAAGGCUGGUGCCACCAGAAGAUCCUUGGACGACCUAUCUGCGCCCCUGCACCAUCGGAGCAUCUCUAAUGGACUCAACGAUUCCUCUUGUAAUUACAUCAGACAGUUGGAAACGAAAGUGAAACUGCUGGAGGAUGAUAACAAGCUUCUCUCUCAGCAGUCCAGUUCUGGGGACUUCAGGACUCUCCGGAAGGGGCUGUCCCCAUAUCACUCAGAGUCACAGCUGUCAUCGUUGCCGCAGUACCAGGAUGCCCUGCAGAACGGUCCUGCUCACAUGACAGCCGAGCUCUCUUCUUCCCCUGCAGUGGGCUAUGUCCCAAUGGGACAGAAACCUGAGGCAGUAGUGCAUGCUAUGAAGGUCUUGGAAGUUCAUGAAAACCUGGACAGGCAGAUACAGGACAGUUAUGAGGAGGACCUGAGCGAAAAGGAGAAAGCAAUCGUCCGUGAAAUGUGCAAUGUUGUAUGGAGAAAGCUUGGAGAUGCAGCAAGUUCCAAACCUUCCAUCCGACAGCACCUUUCGGGAAACCAGUUCAAGGGCCCCUUGUAGGACCCUCACUCCGAAGCCUGGGGCUGAGCGUGUAUGGGGAAAAUGACCUCUUAGGAACGGGACAAUCGGCGAUGUCUGCGAGGGCAAGAGCCCUCUCCUGCUCUGGCUGCCAGAAUUAUUUUUGUGGUAUCCUCUGUAAAUAUGGCAGCUUUGAGGUCCUGGGAUGGUUUUUCACUGGAGAAGCUGUCAUUUUCCACAUAGUGCAAAUAAGAGUCCUAAUAAUCUUGUUUCAGAAACACCCAGUUGAAGAGAUUUUUGGUGGCCAGUGGAGCCCCUCUUACCUGCUUAAAUAAAUGGACAACUUUUCCCAUCUCUGGUACUGACAGAACUCAUCAAGGGGAUUUUUCACAAAUGAGUUCAAAUGAGGAGCAAGUUACUGGUUGACACUGAUCAAAACAUAGCCCGGAAGUUCCACUUUCCUUUUAGGGGUUAUGUAGUUCCUGGUGUCUUGUUGGUAUGGGGAGCAAUUUCUGGUAAGCCUCCUUUGUGCUUUUAGAAUCCCAUACUUAGUCCAUCCCAGAAAGAGCCUAGUGAGAUGCUGGGCUUCUUUUGUCUACUUAGCCCAGAAGAAAGGUUACCAUGCGCUUUUCUUCCCCAUGCGAAUAACUCCUCAAGGACUACACCACCAGUUCAUGCUUAACAUUUGUCUUGACACGUGGGAUCUAGUAUUUCAGUGCUGCCCAAUCCCCCAAACCGACCUGCCUCCCUUUCAUAGUACAGGCCCCUUUUCUGCCAUAGUCAGAGCCAGGUAGUCUGAAUUCUGAAGUUGAGUCCUUAUUAGGCAAGUAAACAUCAGGGUCAACAGUGCUCUGUGAAAAAACUGAACAAUGGGUUCCUAGCUGACCAUUAGUAUCAUUUAAUUCAUAGACUAAAAUGAGCCUACAUUUUUCUUUAGCCUACUUUCCCCACCGAGUCUUGAAGAACUUUAGAUCACAUGAGUGUAGGUUUUCUCCUUCCUACACUUCCCACCAGUUCAUUUAUGGGUGUGUUUUAUUCUUGGGUGGCCUCUCCAGAGAGUGGAUGAUCUUAAGAUGAAAUAAAAUCCAUUUAUUGGGCCUUUGGUAGAAGCUUUUCUAGCAUAAAAGGACUGAGCAAGCCUUGUACUCUGCUGGCAUAAGACUGAGAAUUUAGGUAGGUUCUCCAUCAGUGGGUCACAAGCUGAUGUUCAUAAAAAAUUCAAGGAUUCAAGGAUCUGCUUCAUGGAAUUGCACCUUGCUAGGUGUCUUGAUAAUCUUGUAUCACAGGCUUCCAUAUUUCCAUUUCAAGGAUGAUUUAGUCAUAUUUAAUUGAAAGAAGAGAAAAUAAAGGUCUCUGUAGAAAGUAAGCACUGCCGCCUCAGGAAGUAUCUCAUCACACGUGCCCACAUACAUGCAUGCACAUACACACACACACAGAAUUACAUUGGAAUUUUAGAGGUUGAACCGUCUCAUCCAACCCUUAUCUGGAAAACUAUUCCCACUACCUGACAAGUGGCCACUUGGUCUUUGCUUAAAGACCUCUAGUGAGGGGGAAACCUACUAAUUCCCAAUGCAGCCCAUUCUACUUUGGGGCAUGGAGAUGGUCCUAAUUCUUAAUAAGUUUCCCCCUCAUAUCAAGCCUAAAUUUACCUUCUUGCAGUUUUUACCCAUUGCUUCUAGUAGUGUUCUCUGUGGUCAACCAUAAUAAAUCUAAUUUCUUUUAGGCACCUAUCAUGGCUCCUAUUCCAGGUCCCUUAGAUCUCUCCUCAUGGAAUAGAUACAAGGACUUUUAACCAUUCGAGUUACUGCCCUGGCCCACCCCGCCUCACCCCAGUUAAUCCAUGUCCUUUCUAAAACAUUGUAAACAGAACUGAACACCAUUCUUCAUGUGUGGUCUGACCAGGGACAAGUACAAAGAAAUGAUCACUUUACUCCCAUAAGCUAUACCGCUCUUAAUACAGCCCAAGAGAACAGCUUUUUUUGGCUGCCAUGUAUCACUGACUCAUAUUGAGCUUGGAUUUUUAAUGAAACCCCCAGACCUUUUCAGAUGAACUUGUUUAACCUUACCACCUACCUUGUAUUUGUGAUUUCUUGAAUCCUUAGUAGGAAGCAUCUCAUUAGAUUCUACCCAAUCUUCUUUCUAACCUAUCAGUACUUCUUGUCAUCUGUCAUCUACUGUACUUGGCUUACAAAGUUGCUAUGGAUGCCAUCUCUCAGUUUAUCUAAAUCUUUGAUCAAAAUAUUGACCUAGUCCAAGGUCUUGAAGUCCAAAUCCCUUGAAGCACUCCACAGACCAAUAAAGUUCAAAUGGAACUGUUAAUGACAUUGACAUACUAUGAACCACGUAUCCAAUUCUUUACCAAUUUAAUUGUUCUGGCAUCGGUUCAACAUUUCUCCAGAUGCUUUGUAAAGUGUUUUGCUAAAAAUCUAGGUAAACUAUGUGUUCCCCCUGAUGUAUCAUUAUGCUGAAAAAUGGAAAUGUCUAGUUUAGAAUGCCUUUUCUUGACCUCUUAAUUAGGAAUGAAUUUAGUUUGGAAUCAGUUCCUUCCAAGCCUUUAUUUAGAGACCCAACAGGUAGCUGGAAGUCUUCCCUUUCAGUACCUUUCCUGGUGCUGUGUAUGGGCUCUUGCACAAUUUUCAAUUCUUUUAUUCAGUAAAUAGAAAGUAAUGGAUUUGCAAGCAGGGCCAGAGAUGAGCUGAAGUGACUAGAGCCAAGAAGGAAUUUUCCAAAGUCAAAUUAAGGAGCUAUCCAAUUAAGGACUGGAUAGGAAGUCCAGCACUUGACUUGAUGCUGCAGUGGAGUAGAAAGAGUACUGAAUAGGGAGUUCAUAGACCUUUGUUCUUGACCUCCCUCAGCUAUUUGUUCAUUAUGUGGCCUACUGUCUAGGGCUAUUUCCUCAUGAUAAUUUGUCUCCCUCAGACAGAAAAUCAGGAGAAAUCAAGUGAGAGAAUGAGCAGAAAAGGACUUUGGGAAAUUGAAGGUUCUACAAAGUGAAAAGCAGUAGUACUUUUUCUGGAAGGUGGAAAAUGCUAAAAUUGAGCCACACCAAUUCAGUUUCUUGGGGAUUGGGUUAUAUCUCAGUUCUAAUAUUCUGCAUUCUAAAUCUAAAGUCCCGAUUCAUUGAUGGCCUACCAUUUUCAGUGACUCAUAGAUGGACAAAUGACAUUGACUAUUUUCUUACCCUCUUUUUUCAUUUACUUAAGGUAAAGAGGAAAUGUAGUUCUUGUGAGUCACUUCUCCUUCCUGAUGUAUUAUGAAUUUGAUUUGAAUUCCUGCCCUUAAAAAUUGAGGCAUGACAGUCCUUGAAUUUGCCCUUGAAGCCAGCAAAAUGUAACCCUGGACAAAUCCCUCACUUCCCAGGGCUCUAGGCAAUUCUCUAAGGCUACAGAGAAGGCUUAAAUUGGUAAAAGGAGUUUCCUAUACCAAAGAAAUCAGAGGUCCAGUUCCUAUCUUUAUAAUGUCUUUAAAAGUACCCAUCUUUAAAAUGAUGAAUCCAAACCUUCAUUUAUUCAUAACGUGAUUGUGAUUUCCCUCAUUUGUAUGACUUUGCGGCUCACUUCUCCCAACCAUCUUUAAGUGGUAACAAUGACUCAUGCCAUCAAUUCAAUCUCAAGAUGCAAAUAGAGGGUUUGUAAGUACAAUGUACAUUUUUGUAAUAGUUGUAAAAGUUACAGGGAGGUACAUUUCAUACCAUUAUAAGCAAGAACUAAUAGCUGCCUCAGAGAUUCCUUUAUUGGGUAUGUGACCCCUUCUGAUGUCAGUUUUUCUCAACACUUCAGAACCUACAAAUGAGAUGACAAAUUCAGUUUGAUGACAGACAUCUCUGAUGUCUAUCUGGAAACACGUUGGCUAAGACAAUUCCACCAAGAAGCAAAAAUCAACACCAAUUUGACCCAUAAAUUGGGCAGUAGCGUGACCAUUGCAACCAUCUUUUAGCUCUUGGCCUUUUUCUGUGAAUACCUGCUUCCAACCUGAGGUGCACAAGUAGAUUGGUUUUCUCACAGAAUCACCCCUGACUUUUUAGCAGCACCUUAGUAUGUCAAUUUUAAAGCCUCAAUUUGUAUCUCACUGUCAGAGCCCAAACAAGCCAGGAAUAUCUUCCAGGUUGAAGAUAGCACCCAAUGUUCCCAAGUGAAACAGGGGUUAAUGCUUUCUCUAUGGAUCUUGAGCUUCAAUUUUUUUGGGGGGGGGGGGUUACACAAAAUACCUAAUAAGAUAUGCUACUGAAGCAUAGUCUAACUAGAUUUGAAGAUACCUGAAUGCCAAUUUAAAAAUCUUUAGGCCUAGAUUCUGGUUGUACUAGUCUAAAUCUUGGCUGUCUUUUUUGGAGCAACUGUAAUUCUGAAGUUUCAUUCCAACAGUUGUACUACAGUGUUUACUACCAAGCUGUGAUGAGGUGAUCCCCUGUACCUCAGAAUCCAAACCCAUUGAGCACAAGGAGCACAUUUUUAUUCAGAUGUCAUUAGCAUUAUGUCAGUGUUUAAACAAAUGGAAAGUGACCUUUCAUCCUUUUUGAACUGGGGAGGGGAAGAAUAGUACUACUGAUCUUUUAAAGAAAGCGCUUGACUGUAAAAUGUUAAAAUUGUAUAUUUUUCAUAAAGUAGGGCAUGUCUCUGUGCUGCUCUGUGGAAAUCUGCUGGAAAAGUGUAUGAUUUCUGUAUAGUCUGUGACCUGACAGCGACCCCUCUCUAGCCCACCCCCACCCCCCAUUUUCCGUAGACUGUGAUUUUACAUGAGAACUGGAACAAGUGUGUUCCUGCUGUUUGUGUACAGAGCAAAAAGCCCUUUAGACUUUAGCACGAAUUUUUACCUUUUAUUGAAACCACUUUGAUUUUCUGGGAGGAAAAUAGAUUUUUUUUGGAUAAUGUGUCGUUAAAAACAUUGAUUUGAAAUAUUUUAGUAAAAUGAAGUCAGAGAUGAUUGUGAUAGUGUAUACUUGCAGUUAAAUGAAAUAAAGAAACUUCUUUGUAAGCAA